GUCAUGGGGAUCAGGCACUUCAGCCACAAUAUCCACGACCUGGUGAUCUGCAGCAAGGCCGACUAUGAGCAAGUGCCCUGCGUGGCCUGCGCCGACAUGUGCAGCGGCAUGACGUAUGCGUGCAAGCCAUGCUGCUUGUACAUCCACUACUGGUGCCUCCUCCCUCAAGAUAUCUUCCACCCUGCCCACCCUCCCCACCGUCUCUACCUUGACCUCCGCCCCGUCCCUGCCGACUUCACCUGCUCUGCCUGCCGCAGGGCCCUAUGCAAUGGCUUCCACUUCCUUUGUCGGGAGCCCUGCUGCAGGUUCGCCAUCCAUGUCAAGUGCGCCUACCCUCCCCCUGCCAUCAUCCACCCUAAUCACCGCCAUUGCCUCAACUUCUUCGAUGAGUUGCCGGAAGAUGUCAACUUUCCUUUGUGCGAUACUUGUCACAAACCUUGCAAAUCGUCGGUCCUGUACUGUUUGGAAUGCAAAUUCACAGUGCAUUUGCUGUGCGAACACCCCUCGUGCUUGUUUGAGCACGAGCACGGGAGCUUGCGGCUACCACGGUCCCGCUGCCCCAGCAAAACUUGCCUCGAGCUCAAGGCUUCCAUCAAUGAGGAGGACGUCCCCCGCGAUCUCCUUCUUCUCUGCCUUUACUGUCGGAAGGAGAUAGGCCCCCACACUCCGCUUUACUACUGUAAAGAUUGCAAUAUGAUUGCUCAUGUUAAGUGUAUAUUCUCAAAGGCAAAGGAUCGAGGUGAGGAUUUGGAGAUGAUUCGUUCAGAAGCGAAGCAAGAUGGCGGAAAACAAGGAAAUUUAGAAGCCAAAGAGGCAGCGACGCAGCAUGUUGAGACCUUCGGAGGUAUGGUCGAUUCUCUGAAUGACAGAGAGAAGGCGGAGCUGGAGGACGUGCACAAGAGGCGGGUGGUGGAAAUCAUAAAGGUGCUGGCCUGGCAAAACAGCGCUGCUGGCAGCUCUAACAGCGUCCCGAAUUCGCCCUUCCUGGACGAGGCAUUCUCGGAGUUCAGGAAUAAGCUUCCCCACAACAUCCCGCGCACUAAUUCUCUAGCGGUGGCAUCUGAGGAUGAAAGGCUCUUCAACGUGGCGGAGUACAAGAUGACCCAGAAAUUGGUGCCUGUCCUAAGAGAAUUGUUUGUAAUUCACGGAGACGUGAGCGAGGAAUCCAGACUAACCCAGAAUCCCAAGAUUAUGGUCUUCAUAAUGCUGUGCGGUACUAUCUAUAGCAUGACUAACAUGAGAGUCGCCGAAGUCACCGAAGAGUUGUUGUACAACUGGUGGAAGUACCUGAUGUUCAUACACCUCUCGGGGUUCAAAAUCCAGUUUGCGAUUGACCGACUGAAAGUCGUCAUGCGUGCUCGCUACACCAAUCUCAAUGACAAUUCCGUUUUGAGAAUGGAUAAAGAGAUCAGAGAGCUCUCCGAAGAGACCGAGGAAUACAAGAGUAAAUUACGUAGAUUGAAGGACGAACGCAAAUUGAUGUCAGGCGUGACGGAUGAAAACUUAGUAGAAGCAUGCUCGAAGAACGCAGCUUGGAAGUACUGAAACGUAGAGCCAUCGCUGACUGGACGAGAGGAGUUAAUGUUCCCGCGUCCUGGAGUUCAAUUGGUACGUCCAGGAAAUGCCGGUGUCUGCCAAUACACCGGAAACAAUGUUAGCCUAAAUAACUGCUAGACAAUGUGCAAGAUUGAGGAGUGUUGGGAGCACGGAAUGCAUUGCGGUAGCAAAAAUCAACAAAAAGUUGUAAUUUUUAAUGAAUGUUAAAUUAUAUUUCGAGUUUGAACC